AUGGUACACUGCUGCCUUUUUACUCCCUUCCCUGCUUCUGCCAGUGCUAACCAUGCCCCCAAGAUUCCUUUGAUUCCUGUCGUUGCUGGGCUAGCCGCUGUUGCUGCACCCGCGAUAGUUACUGCACCCAUUCUUGCUGUAUUGGGAUUUGGUGCUGCUGGGCCCGUUGCUGGGUCUGCUGCAGCCAUAGCUCAGGGCGUAAUUGGUAAUGUUGUCGCUGGCAGUCCCUUUGCUAUUGCGCAGAGCGCUGCAAUGGGCGGAUAUGGUGCCGCAAUUGUCAACGGAGUUGUUCAAGGUGGCGGAUUGCUCCUUACUGGGAUCUCCAGUGCCGAGUGUCUGAUGUCGGGUUGCGGAAGGGACGAGAUUUGAGGAGGAGACAAAACAUCAUCAUCAGACAAGUGUCGACCAUACUUACCAUGCUAGUUCGGAAAUAUGUUGCGUUGGUCGGAUUCAAGAAUGUCAUAACAUAAUCGGUCUCUGU